CACCCAAACCCAAACCGGCUCGCACGCUUUUCUAGGGUUGGCGCUUCCCAGAUCUCGCCGGCGCCAUCUUACCUUCCCGUCGGAGAGCCCUCGCCGAACCGACCGGUCCCUCCUCCGCCCUUCCCCUCAUGGCGGCGGUGGCGGACGUCGACCACUACGAGGUGCUCCGGCUGCCGUCGGGCGAGGAGGGCGAGGCGCUGAGCGUCGAGCAGAUCGACAAGGCCUACCGGGCGCAGUCGCGGCUGCGGCACCCGGACAAGCGCCCCGACGACCCCGCCGCCACCGCCGACUUCCAGGGCCUCGUCACCUCCUACAGGCUCCUACGCGACGAGUCCCUCCGCCGCCAGUUCGACGCCCGCCUCCGCGCCCGCCGCGGGGCCGCCGCCCGCGCCGCCGCCACCGGGGUCAAGCGGCGCAGGGCCGUGUCGGACCUGGAGGAGCGCGAGCGCGCCUUUGCUGCCCGUGCGGGAGCGGGACCGGCCUUCGACCCCGCGCAGCUGGCCAGGCGGGAGGAUAAGCGCAAGGCUGCGGACGUUAAGCGCGAGCUGGAGGACUUCUUCAGGAAGUCCGUCGCCUCUGGCUCUGCUUCCACUUCGGCACAUGGAGAUAACAAGGGUGGAACCCCAGAUAACAGAACAAAAACUGACAAGGGGAAGGUCUUGAAGGUUUCAUGGGAAGGGGGUGCAGAUUACUAUACUGCUGCAAAGUUGGAUGAGAUCUUUAGGCAAUUCGGCGAGGUUGAAGACAUUGUUAUCAAGACCAGGAAAUCAAGGAGCAAGGGUUCAGCAAUUGUUGUGAUGGCUUCCAAAGUGGCGGCUCAAACAGCACUGAAGAACCAUUCUGUGUACAACGUCUUCCUAGUCCCAUUAAUGGUUGCUCCCAUCGAAGAAUUGGUUGGGUCACCAGCAUUCGCAGCUCCAACAUCUGAACCGAGGGCAAGCAACGUUGAUGGAACUGGAUUCAGUGAUAUGGAGGCAUCGGUGUUCCGAAAACUUCAAGAGGCCCAGAAAAGGAAGCAAUGUGCAUAAUUGGUGCUUCGCGCAAGAUGUACCAACAUAGGCAGGACAUUGGUUGUCGCAAAUCACAACAGCGGGUGAUCAUCAGAACAAUUCAGUUACAAAGUUGAAAUAAUUUUUCUAAUUUUUGUUGCUGAUGUAUUAUUGCGAGUUACUCACAUGAUGGGCCCAGUUUGUGCCA